UGCAACCAAGUGAACAAAGAGAUUAACUUCCACUGUGGCAACACAUUGUUAAAUGCUUGGCAGAAUAGAUGGGCUCACCUGACAAACUCUAAUUUCUACUCUACAAGAGACUGAAAGGCGUCCUUGAUCACAAUGAGCACAGAAAGGGGCGAGCAGGUCACUGUUGAUACCCACUACACUACAAUCCACACACUGGGUCUGCAAAAUGAGUCCAGGCGCCUACGCUACAUGCAAAAAGAUGGCAGGUUUCCUGUGGUUUUCCAGAAGGCUCCUGGAGAAUGGAGCCCAUACUUCAUGGACAUCUUUACUACUCUUGUAGAGACCCGCUGGAGGGUGAUGUUCCUCAUCUUUUCCCUCUCUUACAUCCUCUCUUGGCUCUUUUUCGGCCUCUGUUAUUGGCUCAUUGCAUAUGUACACGGGGACGUUGACGAUGUAAAUAACGCACCCUGUGUGGAAAAUGUUCGUGGCUUCACUGGAGCCUUCAUGUUCUCAAUGGAGACCCAGGCAACUAUUGGCUAUGGCUUCAGGGGGAUGACUGAGAACUGUAUGGUAGCCAUUGUUGUGGUGACAGUUCAAGAUGUAUUCAGCUGCCUCCUUGACACUAUUGUCAUUGGUAUUGUUGUUGCUAAAAUGGCAUCUGCACGUAAGAGAGCUCAGACAGUAGGUUUUAGCAGCUGUGCAGUGGUCAACCUGCGAGACGGGGUUCUAUGUCUGUCAUGGCGACUUGGAGACUUAAGAGGUAAUCACAUCCUGGACGGUGUCGUUAGGGCCAUGUUAGUCCGCUAUGUGAAACAGCCACUUGGGUCUAUUGUAAUGUUAUACCAGGACCUGGAUAUCCAGAAUCGAGACAUUGUCCUCGCCACACCAGCCACUAUUAUUCACAAGCUAGAGCCUGGAAGUCCCCUCUACAGCCUGGGCCCUGAAGACCUGCUGAAGGAUGACUUUGAGCUGGUGGUUUCUUUCACCUACACCGGUGACUCUACAGGUAUGCUCCACCAGACACGAAUCUGCUACAUGCCAACAGACAUCCGCUGGGGUCAGUGCUUCCAGGACAUGAUAAAAGUGGGCAAGAAGCGCUACAAGGUGGACUACGCUCUGUUCAACAACACCACUUGGGUGUCUGUACCCAUGCUCAGUGCAGAAGAGUAUGACAGGGGCAGAAAUCCUGUAGAGGGCAGUCAGUCCCAGAGUCCUCUUUUUGCAUCAGUCAAGAGAAACAAACACACUGACAUGAAUCCUGAUGUCCUCGAAGAAGCCAUGCAGCACACCUGUUUGUAGCUUAACCCGAAUUAUAAGCAUUGUAUGGUGGAUGUAUCCCCUAACGUUAAGUUUUAGGGAUGUAUAAUAGAUAAGAUGUGUUCUUGUAAAUAUAUUUAUAUGUGACUUCACAUACAGUGUUUAUGUUUCUAUUCUUUAUUCUUUAAUAAAAUCUAUUACUACAAGUAAAACUACAGCAAUAUCAUAUAUCACAUGAUGUGUUGCCAGUUCUUGUUUGUUUAUUCACUUUGUAGCUCUACACCACCACCUAGUGUUCAAUGAGUACACUCACCAUCACUCCAGCAGUG